GUGGGUCCUGUUGCCAUGGCGACGGGCAAACCGCGCGACGCUCGGUAGUUAAAGGAAUCGCUUCGAUAACUUCCUGCGAGAUUUCCGUGGGCCGACGUCGAGGGAAUAACGCGCGUGGAAAUUAAUUAUUUCAAGGCUUCCUGACCUGCGUUAUUAGUUUUUUUUUUAAAUUUAAGUUAAUCAUUAUAGCAGGAGAGCCGAGGGUCGUUGUGGAAUUUGAGGGUUUCACCCCGCAAUGCUGCAGGGAUAGGCGGGUCGCGCCGGUUGGAACCCGCCUGCGCAUGCGCCACUCCCACUUGGCCAGGAGACGCGAGACGACAACACAGCUGGGGUUUGAGGUUAUUGUGCACCGCGCCACUGGCCAUCUUCACUGGUGUUCUUUCAAGGGACCCCUCCCGCGCCUGCGCGCUGCCGCCAGGGGCGCCCGGGACCCCUCCGAGCGGGGGGGGGGGGGAGGGGAGGGGCCGGGAGGCGCGGGCCCCGCCAGCCAGUCAGAGAUGCGCGCGGCGCCGCGACGCUAGUCCGCUCCGGCCAGCCGCCAGAGACGACGCCUCCUCCUCCUACCCCCCCUGGGGCGCUGCAGGCGCCGGGACGCCGGGACGCCGACCCUGAGGACCUCCGUCGACGACCCUCCCCCUUCUACCCCCUCCACCACCAACCAGCACGCGGCUACAACCCCUCGGAGGACGUCGAAGCAACCCCCGCAUCCAGACACACCGCCGGAGUGAACAACUACGUCAAGUGUCUGGGUGGAAGGAAAAAUAUAAUAUGUACGUCUUUGGUUCGCUCCAUCUGGAACACCUGCAUAAGUGUGAGAUCCCUGUCUAUCGAAAAAAAAACCUUUCAGUGGAAACAGUGAUGAUAUAUUUUUUUUUUCCUUCCCUGACUGUCGUGCGGUGAGCUUAAAAUAUUUCAUUUCUCACCCGUUGUUCCUUCCCUCUAUCGGACAGAUGCUUAAAAUAAUGCUAAAAAAACAGUUGUUUUUUUAUUUCAAUUUCGUAAUAUUCCAACUUGAAAUAAAAGUGUCAUCAACAUAAAAUAAAUACACAUUCCACUGUGAUUCUGUGAGUAAUUUGGUUUUUCCGGUGUCGUAACUUUUAACAAAGCGCAGCACUUGUACCAAAAUCCAAAAAUCUUUUACCAAACUUGAUCCUCUAAAGGCUCUCUCGCGAUUAAAUAAGUGUCGUAUGUGUGUUCAAGACAAAAUAUAUAUACUUUGAUUAAAACUCCUGGCAUAAUACAGACAUCGCAUUGGAGAUGGACUCUUGCUGUCGCCUGGUGAACCGAAGAAAAGUCGUGUUCAAGUAUAAAAUGAUAGUUAUUUUACUGUACCACUGAACAACAAUGUGAGUGUUGGCCUAGUGUUGGACCUUGGGUUUUAGCAAUACUGAUGUUGUGUCUUGCUCUGAAGAUUUUUAAAUUGGUUUCCAAUCGUUAAUUUCUUUUGAAAGUCAUCUAUGAAGUGUCAAAACAUUGACUUAUGAAAAUUAACUGCAUCCUUUGAUUGGCGUUUGCACAGGAUGCACAGUAACAAUGGAUAUUCUAUUGUGCCGGCGAUAAUAGUUCAAUAUAAUUUUUUUUUGUGUGAAAUGAGGGCAGGUCAAAAUAAAUAAUGCAAUAAAUAUUUUAAUGUCGCUGUUAGUUUCAGACGGACCCAGAUGGAAGUGGUAAUAUUAAUCUUCUAUAAUUAUUGAAUACAAAACAAGACUUUAUAAUGUCACCGAAAUACCUGGACUCUGAGGAUGUUAAAGUGACAUACGAUUGUAACUAAUUAAAUAUCUCAGAUGCAGUGCAGAGGAACCAAGAAAAAUUUCCGAAAAAUGCUAAAUGACACUGGAUACAGUCCUAAGAAGGUGAAAAGAAAAUUUCCCAGUAAUUAAUCGAUGACCUACAAUGCAACCAACAGGAAGUAAGCGAAAAUUAUCUCCGAUGAUGUUGCAAAGACACUGAAGAAGUAGGCAAAAAAUGAAAGCUUGGUGAUAAAAAUGAAAUUACCCAAUGUCUCAUACUCAGCCUAAAGUGAGGAGAAAAAUUCAUGUUGAUCGCCUAAGGAUGCAAAUGGAAACCAAAGAAAUACUGGACAUGUUGGCGUGUGAUUGUCAGUGUACUUUGACUCAUCAGAAAGCAAGCAAGGUGAGUGGUAUUUCAAAGAAAUCUUCCAAGGACUUAGGCACACCCACAAGUGAAAAGAGGUAACUUUGGUGCCACCUGAAGGAACUACACCGAUGGAUAUUAUCACAGGUAUUGUCCAAGAAUUCACAUGGUGUUCAAAACAUUGAGAGUAAUGUUUGUUAUUUCAAGGACUUGAUUUCGGCCCGAUGCACUAGUGAGGAUUUUCUCUUGAGAACUGAUUCAGGAUUCGUGUACAAUUAUAAGUAAGUUUUGGCCUUUGGAGAAAUCCAGAAGAAACUUUAAGGACGUGUGCAGCCCAAGCAAGAAUCAAGUCCAGGGCUUCUAAUUGAAUUUAAGAAGUCUGAAAGAAGUGUGAAAAAACACUAACCAAGAUCAUGUAUUUUUAGAGUGUUCGAGGACUUGAGAGGAAGAGUGCAGGCCAUAAGAGACACAAAAGUCGGGGCUCUGAGGGUCUUUGAGGAACUCUAGGGUAGUCAGGAGGAAAAGUUCAGGCCACAGAAGACUCAAGUUCAGGGCUCUGCUGGUCUUUGAAGGACUCGAGGGUAGUCUGAAGGAAAAGUUCAAGCCACCAGGGACUCAAGUUCAGGGCUCUGUGGAUCUUCGAGGGUAGUCUGAAGGAAACGUUUAGGCCAUAGAAGACUCAAGUUCAGGGCUCUGCUCGUCUUUGAAGGACUCGAGGGUAGUCAGAAGGAAACGUUCAGGCCACAGAAGACUCAAGCUCAGGGCUCUGUGGAUCUUGGAGGGUAGUCUGAAGGAAACGUUUAGGCCAUAGAAGACUCAAGUUCAGGGCUCUGCUGGUCUUUGAAGGACUCGAGGGUAGUCUGAAGGAAACGUUCAGGCAACAGAAGACUCCAGCUCAGGGCUCUGCUCGUCUUUGAAGAACUCGAGGGUAGUCUGAAGGAAAAGUUCAAGCCACCAGGGACUCAAGUUCAGGGCUCUGUGGAUCUUCGAGGGUAGUCUGAAGGAAACAUCCAGGCCACAGAAGACUCCAGCUCAGGGCUCUGCGGGUCUCUGAAGGACUCGGGGAAGUGCGCAGGGUCUCCUCCCAGGGGCCGCCAGGAGCCCCUGAGGGGGGUGUCCGUCGACGAGCGGGCGGCCAUGCGCGAGCCCGGGAUGAACGAGUCGACGUGCGCGGCGCUGCUGGACGAGGUGCCCUGGGUCGACCCGGGCCUGCUCGCGUCGCUGCUGGUGCUGGGGGUCAUCGACGUGAUGGUGGUGGUGGGCAACUGCCUCGUCAUCGCCGCCGUAUUCAUGAGCUCCAAGCUGCGCUCCGUCACCAACCUGUUCAUCGUGUCGCUGGCCGUGGCCGACCUCAUGGUGGGGGUGGCCGUGCUGCCCUUCUCGGCCAUGUGGGAGGUGUUCAAGGUGUGGAUCUUCGGCGACGUGUGGUGCGCCGUGUGGCUGGCGCUGGACGUGUGGAUGUGCACGGCGUCCAUCCUGAACCUGUGCGCCAUCUCGCUGGACCGCUACCUGGCCGUCACUCGCCCCGUCACCUACCCCAGCCUCAUGUCUCCGGCGCGCGCCAAGGCCCUCAUCGCCGGAGUCUGGGUGCUGAGCUUCGUCAUCUGCUUCCCGCCGCUGGCCGGCUGGCGCGACCCCUCCUCCGACCCCUCCGACCCCGCUUCCACCCAGCCCCCGCCCUGCCCCUGGAUCUGCGAGCUCACCAACGACGCCGGCUACGUGGUCUACUCGGCGCUCGGCUCCUUCUACAUCCCCACGCUCGUCAUGCUCUUCUUCUACUGGCGCAUCUACCGCGCGGCCGUGCGCACCACGCGCGCCAUCAACCAGGGCUUCCGCACCACCAAGAGCGUGAAGGCCAUCGGCAGUCGCUUCGACGAGCAGCGGCUGACGCUGCGGAUCCACCGGGGGCGGUCCGUCACGCGACACAGCGGCAGCGGCAGCGGCGCCAGCAGCGCCACCGCCACCACCAACGACACCAGCAGCGCCGGGGGCGGCUCGCCCGGUCCGGGCGCGGCCCCGCCCACCCGCUCGCCCGAGCGCGCCGCCCGCCCCCAGCGCCGCCACGAGAAGAUCAAGAUCAGCGUCAGCUACCCCAGCAGCGACGCCAUCUGCGCGGACGCCGGGGCGCCCUCGCCCGACGGCAGCAAGAAGUCUUCGCUGUCGUCGUCGUCGCCGUCCGGGUCCGUGGCGCUGUACUCGGCGCGCGGGGGCGGUGGGGGCGGCGGGGAGGCGCGGCCCGGGUGCCACCUCCGCGUGGCGGGCUGGCGGCUGGCGGGCCGCCCCGCCGAGGAGCUCUCCCCCUCGCCCACCUUCGACGAGUCCGCGGCGGGUGCGCGCCCCAAGUUCAUCUCCAAGAUGGGGCGCCGCAACAUCAAGGCGCAGGUGAAGCGCUUCCGCAUGGAGACCAAGGCGGCCAAGACGCUGGGCAUCAUCGUGGGCGGGUUCAUCUGCUGCUGGCUGCCCUUCUUCACGAUGUACCUGGUGCGCGCCUUCUGCGUGGCCUGCAUCCACCCGCUCGUCUUCUCCGUGCUGUUCUGGCUCGGCUACUGCAACUCCGCCAUCAACCCCUGCAUCUACGCGCUCUUCAGCCGCGACUUCCGCUUCGCCUUCAAGCGCAUAAUCUGCCGCUGCCUGUGCGGCGCCUCGGGGGGCCUGUCCCGGGGCGAGACGGGGCUCGCGCUGGCCGACCGCCGCGGCUCGGACGGCUCGCACCUCGGCUGUCGCGGGGGCUCCGCGCGGGGCCGGUCUCCGUCCUGCAACCACGCGCCCUCCUGCUCGCCCCACUCGGCCGGCGACGACAGCGACCCCAACAACGAGAACUCGGACUCCAGGUGACCCGGGGUCCCGCCGCCGCCCGGGCGCGGCAGGGGCGUCUGACCGCCUCCGGGCGCUCGUGUCUGCAGCUCGUCUCUCGAGCUCGCGAGUCGAGCUC